AAGUGCAACAUCAACAACAACAACUACUACUACUACUACAUUCAUAACAACAGCACUAACAAGAAAAAAACGAAACAAUAUGGCAACGUUGAAGUUGCAUAGAAGAAAGACAAAGCAUAAGCAACAAAUGCAGGAAUGGCAACAGCAACUGCAGCGGCAACCACAAUGGCUACUUGUGUCAGUUGUCAUGUUGACACUGUUUGCAGUGUCUAUUCAAGGGAUUACAGAGGAAUUGUCACCAGAUCAUGUACGAGAAUUUAAUUGUGGUAAACUCUACUAUCGCACUUUUCACAUGGAUGAAGAACGCGAUGCACUCUAUGUGGGUUCCAUGGAUCGCGUAUUUCGCUUAAACUUAAAAAAUAUUUCAUCCUCAUUAUGUGAUAUAUUUAGGCAUUUAGUGAAAAGGGGACAGAGCACAGCAUCUGCAGCAGCAGGAGACUGUUCCAGUAAUGAGUCUAAUCUAUGCGGUGAUAAAAGCAGUUUCAACCAAAUUUUGGGUAAAAGUGUUAACUUGACUUUCUUCACUGACAUUGAAAAUAUGCCUUCAGCGUACGCGGCAAUUGUGAUUUUAAUUUUGGCUGUAACACAGUUUGUAGGAGCUGACAUAAGAGCAGAUCUACGUGAAUUUGAGUCUUUAAUACCACGUCAAAGAGUUGGCUUCAUUGCUGCCAGGCACUACAUAUUGGAUCAGAAGUUUCGACAAGCUCUCAAUUUCGUACGCAGUCAGGAAUUCAAGGAUACUUGGGAUGACAUACGUGAAACCGAUGAGUUUGAUGAAAUUGUAGAGUAUGUUACCACAAAUGGUUCUGGUUAUGAUGUGACAAGUGUUGUCGACAGGAUUCCAAAUAAGUUGAGAAAUUUUCGAUUACCUGUUAAUGUGCCAGUCGAUCUGAUGUUGGAACGUAAUUUAUCAUUAUAUUUAAGAGAAAUUCUAAGUAUAUUACCGCGCAGGAGAAUUUCUAAUUUAAUGAUGAAAAAAGUCAAUGAAGGUGGAGACUUUGCUAAACUAUAUAAAGCACUUAGAAAGCCAGAAUUUCGGGAAAUGGUCAGCAAAGCACGAGCUUCCCCAAAUCUUGCGGAACCAGUACAAAAUCUCAUAAAGAAUUCCAUUGAUGUGGAUGAAAUUAUCGAUAUAAUUUUUACUGUGAUCGAAUGGGGACCAUAA